AUGAAGAUCCUCGACAUAGGCUGCGGACCAGGAAGCAUCACCCUCGACUUUGCACGACAUGCACCACAGGGCCACGUAAUUGGUCUAGAAUACGUCUCUGAUCCGUUGCCUGCCGCGCGCGCACUUGCUCAAGAGCAAGGCCUAUCGAAUAUUGAGUUCAUGGAGGGCAACAUCCACUCUCUGCCCUUUCCAGAUGAGACUUUCGAUAUCGUCCAUGUUCAUCAGGUGUUACAGCAUAUCUCUGAUCCUGUACGGGGACUUAGAGAAAUGAGACGCGUUGUGAAGAAAGGUGGGAUCGUCUCUGCGCGUGAGUCUGCGGGGAUGGAAUGGUAUCCCUCCCAAUGA